GCGCGCGCUGGCCUCUUCCAAAGGCUGCCACGUGUCCAAAAAAAAAAAACUUAGGGUUAUCUUUCUGCCCAAUCCUAUUCGUCUUCUUCUACGAGUUUCAGUUACUGUCUGUCGGCUGUCGGGUGUUCCCAAAUCACUUCACCUUCACCAAAUUCUUCUCUGGCUUUUAAAUCUUCAACAUAAGACGAUUAUUGCUAAGCUUUUACUUCAUCAUCUGAGAGAUGCAACCCAUGAUGAUGUAUCCAGACCCUUGGUGGAAGAACAACUCCUUUGGUGGUGUCCUUCCUCAAGAGAGACCUUCUGGUUCAGAAUCAAACGAUGUUCAUUCACCAUCUGAAGACGGUGGUAAGGAUUCACAAGCUGCUACUUCUCCUCCUCCUCCAGUUUCAGUAGAUAACCAUGGAGUAGAAGGGAAUGAUCAAACGGCUUCUAUGGAUGAUCAGCAAGUUGUACAACCACCAGAGCUUGUUGGACACUACAUUGCAUGUGUCCCAAAUCCAUAUCAGGAUGCAUAUUAUGGAGGAAUGAUGGGAGCAUAUGGUCAUCAUCAACCAUUGGGGUUUCGUCCGUAUCUUGGAAUGGCUCGUGAGAGAACAGCUCUGCCACUUGGCACGACACAAGAACCUGUUUAUGUGAAUGCGAAACAGUACGAGGGAAUUCUAAGGCGAAGGAAAGCACGUGCCAAGGCUGAGCUAGAAAGUAAAGUCAUCAACAGAAAGCCUUAUCUUCAUGAGUCGAGACAUAAGCAUGCGAUGAGAAGGGCAAGGGCUAGUGGAGGCCGGUUUGCGAAGAAAAGUGAAGCAGAAGCAGCAGCAGCGAGGAGAGGAAGAGGAAGGAGUUCAGCAACCAACUCAUCAGGCUCUGAACAACCAGUUGAGACAGAUUCUUAAGGUGCACCAUAGUCAGCCAAAGCUCUGAGAGAGAUAGAGAGAGAGAUACGCGUUGGCUAUAUAUAUAUAUAUAUAUAUAUAUAUAUAUAUCCAGUGCCCCAUACUGGCAAAUCAUUCUUGGCUUUUUGGGUUUUGUGUGUUGCUUAGUUGUUCUUGUCAUAUCGUGUGGUUUUACAGUUACUAUGUACAAAGAGAGACGAGUUCUUUUAGGUGUUAGAUUUGGAGACAGGAGGAAAUAGUAGUCAGUAGGUUUUGUUUUUAUUCUUUUGGAAAUUUGGAAAAUACGUUUGUUUAAUCAUUUGCUUUUUUUUUAGCAGAAAAUGUUACAGAGAUUGAGCUCGCUCGCUCGCUUGUUUUUUUUUUCCCUUUA